GGUCACAGCCACUAGAGCCCUACCGAGCACAGUUCUACUCUGAUACACACAGGGUCGCCACGAGUUGAAUGUGAGUCAACGGCAACUGUUAUGUAUGUAUAUAUAUAUAUAUAUUUUUUUACAAAAAGACUAUUUAGAAAACGGUGGGUGACAGGGAGCCAUAAAUGACAGUGCAGGUACCCAGGAGUUGCUUUGGUUACCCCUUCAGCAUCUUCUUCAUCGUGGUCAAUGAGUUCUGUGAGAGAUUUUCCUACUAUGGAAUGAGAGCGAUCCUGAUUCUAUACUUCACACGCUUCAUCGGAUGGGAUGACAAUCUGUCCACAGCCAUCUACCACACAUUUGUCGCUCUGUGCUACCUGAUGCCGAUUCUUGGAGCUCUAAUCGCCGACUCGUGGCUGGGAAAGUUCAAGACAAUUAUAUCGCUCUCCAUUGUCUACACAAUCGGACAAGUCGUCAUCUCGGUGAGCUCAAUCAAUGACCUCACAGACUACGACCACGAUGGGACCCCAAACAGCAUCUCUGUACAUGUGACACUGUCUAUGAUUGGCCUGGCCCUGAUAGCGCUCGGAACGGGAGGAAUAAAGCCCUGCGUGUCUGCAUUUGGUGGCGAUCAGUUUGAAGAGGGGCAGGAAAAACAAAGAAACAGAUUUUUUUCCAUCUUUUAUCUGGCCAUCAAUGCUGGAAGUUUGCUUUCUACGAUCAUCACUCCCUUGCUCAGAGUUCAAGAGUGUGGAAUUCACAGUAAACAAGCUUGUUACCCACUGGCGUUUGGCGUUCCUGCUGCUCUCAUGGCUGUAUCUCUCAUUGUAUUUGUCAUGGGCAGUGGAAUGUACAAGAAAUUCCAGCCGCAGGGUAACAUCAUGGCUAAGGUGGCCAAGUGCAUUGGCUUUGCCAUCAAAAACAGGUUUAGGCAUCGGAGUAAGGAAUUUCCAAAGAGAGAGCAUUGGCUGGACUGGGCUAAGGAGAAAUACAGUGACCGGCUUAUCUCUCAAAUUAAGAUGGUUACGAGGGUGAUGUUCCUGUAUAUUCCGCUCCCAAUGUUCUGGGCGUUGUUUGACCAGCAGGGCUCAAGGUGGACACUGCAGGCAGCAGCUAUGAAUGGAAAAAUUGGAACUAUUGAAAUUCAGCCAGAUCAGAUGCAGACCGUGAAUGCCAUCUUGAUCGUUAUCAUGGUCCCCAUUGUCGAUGCUCUGGUGUACCCUCUGAUUGCAAAAUGCGGUCUCAAUUUCACCUCUUUGAAGAGGAUGACAGUCGGAAUGUUCCUAGCUUCCAUGGCCUUUGUGGUGGCUGCCAUUGUACAAGUGGAAAUUGACAAAACUCUUCCAGUCUUCCCCAAAGGAAACGAAAUUCAACUUAAGGUGCUAAAUAUAGGAAGUAAUGGCGUAAAUGUAUCAUUUUCUGGAGCAAUAGAGCCACUUGGCCCAAUGUCUCAAACAGAUGGAUUUAUAACUUUUGAUGUAGACAAACUGCCUAAUAUAAGCAUUUCUUCUAAUGGGUUACAAGACACUCCAGUAACUCAUACCUUCGAGCCGGGCCAUCGCCACACCCUUCUCAUAUGGGCCGCCGACGAGUACCGAGUGAUAAAUGAUGGCCUUAACCAGAAGCCAGAAAAAGGACAAAAUGGAAUCAGAUUUGUCAAUGGUUUUGCCGGGGACAUCAGCAUCAAAAUGGGUGACAAAGUUUAUGACAAUGUCACCAGUCACGAUGCCAGCAAGUAUCAGUUUUUUUCUUCUGGCAAACAAAGCUUCAAAAUAAGCUCAACAGAGAUUUCACCAGGCUGUAACAGUGACUUUGAAUCUUCCAACCUUGAAUUUGGUAGUGCGUACACCUACGUGAUAACAAGGCAGAGUGACGGUUGCCCUGAAAACAAGGAGUUUUUGGACAUUCCGCCCAACAUAGUCAACAUGGCCCUGCAGGUCCCUCAGUACUUCCUCAUCACCUGUGGAGAAGUGGUCUUCUCUAUCACUGGCCUGGAAUUCUCAUAUUCUCAGGCUCCUUCCAACAUGAAGUCGGUGCUUCAAGCAGGAUGGCUGUUGACAGUGGCUUUUGGCAACAUCAUUGUGUUGAUUGUGGCAGGGGCAGGCCAGUUCAGCGAGCAGUGGGCCGAGUAUGUUCUAUUUGCCGCAUUGCUUCUGGUUGUCUGCAUAAUAUUCGCCAUCAUGGCUCGAUUCUAUACAUACGUCAGUCCAGCCGAGAUUGAAGCUCAGUUUGACGAGAAGGAAAAGGAGAACGCUGACAAUAAUAACCCGUAUGUCACGCUGGACUCCAUCACACAGUCAAAGAUGUGAAAGUCCAAACGGAGAAUGGACCAGGCCCAGCAUACACCCUGACUUCUGGCCCCAGGUGGCAGGCCACGCCACUGGGUGGUCCUCGAUGGGGAUUGAUUUCAAAAUUGUGAACCAAACCAAGGAAGUUAUUUUCUACGCAGUCAGCAGUGAACAUAAAACCUGGGAAGAAGUCUUUUUUUUUUUUAAGAGAAGUCUUGUACACUUGUACAACACUGAGCAUGCACCCUGCAUCUAACUCCUUCCCGACCACAAAGAAUAAAGUCAUUUGGGACAAAGCUGAUCUCUGGAGAAGGCAACAAUGUUGCCCAUUAUCUGCACUGUAGCACUCUUAGAAAAACAAUGUUGAAUCAGGCGGGGUCCAGUGCCACAGUGAGUUUACAUAGUUUAGAACGGUAUAUAAUUACCAGCUAGUAUUCACUGAUAACCUCACCUCUCAGGCUUUUCUUUUCUGUCCCUACCUCUUUUUAAAUUAUGAAUGACUCCGAAGACCACUCAGGUAAAGGCCAGUAAUGAUUUUUGGAGU